AUGAUCUGCACUGCUAACAGGGCAAGGGAAUCAGAUUUCAAUCGUUUGCAGAGUCGAAAGAAAAAUCUGAUCCUUCUUGUUAUGAAUUUUUUGACAGAAGAAGGAUUCGUUAAUACAGCUGCAACGUUUAAAAAUGAGGCAAAUAUAGAUUUCGACGUUUACUCUAUAUGUGACAACAUUGAUCUUGACACAAUUUUAAUGGAAUUUGAAAGUUUUUACUUUGUAAAAUUUAGUAAAUACCCACGAAUAUCUAGGAAAAAAGACGCAAACCAUGACGAAAGAAAGCAAAGAAAAACAUUUUUGCCAAACAUCAAUAGGGGCUCCGGAUCAAACAAAUCAAGAAUGGCGCGCUCGUCUUCAACAAAAAUUGUUAAGGCAAAUGAAGUGUUGGCAAAGGAUGAUGCGACAAAUCAUGAAAACUGCCAACCGUUACAAGAAUCUCUGUCAGAAAUUGUAGCUGAGGGCCGUGUUUUAAAUAAGACCAAAGGGAACACUCCAUCGAUUGAUUACCAAACACUUCUAAGUAACGAAAAUAAUGCCAUUUGUGAAGGCCAGUCAUCACAGGAAAGAAUUCUUAAACCGUUGGGUUUGUUUGCUGGCUAUUCCCCGGAAUGGGCAGAACUAGCUCAAGCUAUAUCUCGAGUUAGUUUUAUUAAAGAUAUUUACCUUCAAAACCCAAACAUACACUGGGACGAUAUUGUUGGCUUAGAGACGGCAAAACAGCUAGUCAAAGAGGCUGUUGUUUAUCCUGUUUCUUAUCCAGAACUGUUUUCAGGAAUUCUUUCCCCUUGGAAAGGCCUUCUACUAUAUGGUCCUCCAGGAACAGGUAAAACUCUACUGGCAAAGGCCGUGGCAACGGAAUGCAAAACCACAUUUUUCAAUAUCUCAGCUUCUUCAAUUGUUAGCAAAUGGCGUGGUGAUUCUGAAAAGCUUGUUCGAGUUCUCUUUGAAAUGGCUCGCUUUCAUUCACCGUCAACGAUAUUCCUGGAUGAAUUGGACUCACUAAUGUCACAAAGGGGUUCAGAUGGAGGAAGUACAGUUGGAAUGGGUGAACAUGAGGGUUCCCGACGUAUGAAGACAGAACUUCUGAUUCAAAUGGAUGGAUUAGCCAAAUCUGAUGACCUUAUUUUCCUUCUGGCAGCGUCAAAUAUACCUUGGGAACUAGACCAUGCAAUGCUCCGACGGUUAGAGAAACGGAUUUUGGUGGAUUUGCCUAAUUUUGAAGCGAGAAAACGGAUGUUUGAGAAGCUGUUGCCACCGAAACAGAAGCCUUCAAAGACUAUGAUACCUCAGUUAACCGCACAAAUUGAUUAUGCUCAUAUGGCAGAGCACAAAUUCAUUGAACAUCUGCUGGCUUGUCUUGGCAUUCUAAGCACAUUCUUCUUCUGUGAUCCAGCUCUACUUCAAACCAAACUGCAUUUCGAUCCAAUAACUUCUGGAGAUGUAGAAUCCGCAAUCCGACGGACAAAACCCUCUGGCAUGGCAUUUUCAGAGAAAUAUCGCAAAUGGCAGGAAAAAUUCGGCUCCUCAUAA